UUUUACGUAAGUUAACUUCUUAAUUAAAACCAAAGGGGACACGGUUUGUUAAUUAAGCUUAACUGUACACAAACGAGAUAUAACCAGUAUUUCAUAGCACAUUAAUAACGUUAACGUCAUGUCAGUUUGUAGUUGACAAGCGACAACUUACAUGAAUAAGUAGAUAUAUAGUCAAAAUAUAGACAAUAGAUUUUUUUAUUUGCAGUGACAUAGUAUUUAGUAAAGACGGUUUGAUGCAAGUUACGUGCAUACGCGUGCCUUCAGGCAGUGUUUUGACGUGAUUGUGUGUAUGUUCUUGUUUGGGUUUUUUUUGUAGCAAGACUUUUUAGAGAAGCUAUCUGUAUUGUUUAGAAAAUGAUAAAUUGGUGUUAGCCGGAUAUAAAUUUACACAAGUGAAAACGUGUUAGGUUAUGCUGUAUUGUAUAAAAGGAAAGUAAUGAAUGCAAAGAGAAGCGUGGUAAACAAUGUAAGCUCCUUUCAAACCAUGUGAGCAGACGAUAAAAGUACUUCUUGUUAUAGAAGUUGUUCCUGUUUUAACGAAGUGCAAGAUAUAGAGUUUUUGACUUCCGGUAUGCUUAGACGAGGAAUCAUGCUUCUGCCAGGCUGGAUAAAUCGGAACAGGCCGUCAUGGGUUGUCACAGGGUUUAUGACCUUCUUUAUCAUUUGUUACGUAAUCAUUGUAAAACUUGACGCCACAGAUCGCGUAAGUACCAAUGAUGACGACACAACACAAGGGCAAGCAGCAAAGGUGAUAAGGACAAAUGAAAACAUUAUCCCUCCAAAAGUCAUGAAAGAAUUUGCUCAGGACAAAAAAGUCACUAAAGCAAACUAUGAUUAUUAUAACGACAUUGUCAACACGACACAGAAGACAAGAGAGAUUACGACCGGGAUAUUUAUAGAAAGUGAUAAUGAAAGAAUGAUGAAAGAACAUCUAGAAGACAAUGAGAAUGUCAUUGAAGACAAUUGGAAAAGUUACCUUGCCAAAAAUCGAAGUGCUAUAAAAGAAUUAGAUAGUAAACUUACACCAAAUAUAAAAGAGGAUUCUAAAAAUAAAAAUGUUUUGCCGAUAAGUAACCAUCGUUACAAGGCCGAUCAGCUUCGUGACCGCUUGAGACUAUUACCAAAAUAUGUAAAAAUAUUUGACCCAUUUAAAGAAACUCUUAAACAAAGAAAUUCCAUUAGUUCAAAUCAAUGCUUAUUAUUAAAAACUAUGCACGGAAAUGCGCCAAUCUGUAUUCAUGACCCAGAACUUGACGAAGUCAUUUCCGGUCACAUUAUUAAGACCGGAACUUGGGAACCAAAUUAUUUGUAUACGGUUGGUACCGUGCUUAAGAUGAAUCAAGAAAUUGAAUUUCUGGAUCUUGGAUGUAAUAUAGGCGUAUAUACUAUUUUAGCAGCACAGCUUGGUCACAAAGGCAUAGCAGUUGAUCCGAAUAGAGCAAAUCUUAGACUUUUAACAAAAUCUUUGAGUUUAGGGGGUUUCAGGGACAAAAUCACCUUACUAUGGAACGCCGUUUCAGACUUACGUGAAAAUGUGACUUUAACGGAUAUAAUAGGAAACAUUGGGGCGACGUUUGUUGAGACAGGUACACUAGAAAAUGUGGAUAAUGAGCAUAAAGCAUUUUCUAUAUUGUUGGAUGAUCUAAUUCCGUUAUUUACUGGAAAGACGGUGUUUAUCAAGAUGGAUGUUGAAAUGUAUGAAUUAAGAACACUUUUAGGGGGUGAAAACUUUUUUAAAGAAGUAGGUGUGGAAUAUGUGUUAAUGGAAUGGUUAUAUCAUAGACAGCAUGACACUGGAAAAGAUAUCAUAGACUUUAUGACGAAAUACGGGCUAUACCCACACGUAAAUGCUCACCAUAAUACAAAGUUAGAGCCAGAAAACUACCAAUCUUGGCCUGGUAAUGUACUGUGGAUUAAAUACGAGCAAUAAAAUAAUAAUUUUCAAAAGUUUCUGUAGAUCUCUAUUCAAAUAUUAAUUAAUCUGUGUAUCAAAUGAUCAUGAUAAUUAUCUAUUUCGCAAUGGCAAAUGAUCUUUCUUGUCCAAAUUCUAUCCAGAUGCUCGUGUAAGAUUGUUGCAGUAUAAAAAAUUGAACACCGCUAAAUGCAUUCCUGCAAUUACUUGUGGGAGACGUUUCAAAAAGUCCGACAGAUCUUGCAGUAAAAAUAUUAUUUAAACACAUAACGAUUCAUUCACAAAAGAAUAUCAAAAGAAAAUAAGGAUUCGCUUCACAACAAGGAAAAGUAGCAGAUAAUGAUGAACACGAAAAAAUAACAGCAAAAGUUUUAACGUGAAUACUAUUAGUUAUACAGAGUUUUGACAGGUUAUAUGGUCCUAAACGGUUGUUUGAAUAUAUAACCCGAUCCACUAGGCCACGGUUAUAUUGCAAAUACCUAUUUAUAUCCGACCUUAUGAAAUGUAAACAAUCUUUAUUACGAAUUUAUAAAACUGCAAACUUUCUUGAUUGGAGGAAAAAAUGAAAUUAAUUGAUUAAUUUAAACCGAUUGCGGCCGGUGAAUAGAUUAUACGCAUGAACGUUAAGAUUAUCCAAUGAAAAUUUACUUUACAAACGUACAUUUUUUAAAGAUUUUACGUACGUUUCAU